UGAAAAAUUUAUGGAUGCGUUUUGUGUAACUCAAGACAUCCCAUCGGAGAUAUUGAAAAAACUUGACGAAUGCGAUGCCAUAGUCUUCUCGAAAGAAGGAAAACUAAUGGAAAACGAGUGUAUGAUUGAAAGUUCGCCCAAAGGAUCCACUGUUAAUGAUAGACGAAGAUUGUGGUGCUCUGACCAACAAUACUAUCAAAAGACACGAAACUGUUACGCAAAGAAAUUGGAGGCAAAACACAAAAAGGAUGGCAAUGUUGGCGAACAGAUAUCCGAAGAACAGCUCAGGAAUGAUACCCUAAGAGCUAUGGAAUGCCGUAAACGUGUCUUCAAGUUUUGAGAAGUUUAUUAAAAUUUUA